GUGUGAUAUUUGUUCCUGGGUCAUGGGUGUUUUCUAUGUAUUUAAGUAUUUAUAAAUAUUUAUAUAUUAUAUAUAUCAUUGUCGAAGUACCAUCAAUACAAGCCUUAUUGAGCUUACUGUGGGACUUAGUCAAUUUGUGUAAUAAUGUCCUAUCAUAUUUAUUUAUUAUUAUUUAUUUAGUUGACUGCGGAACCCUAAAAAGGCGUGAAAUUUUAUUUAUAUGAUCAAUCGAUCCUUCCCACCUACUUUUUUCAAAUUUGCAGCUUUAUCUAAUGGCUAAACUGCUGGUACUGGCAAACAUGCAAAUAGAUCGCCUAUGGGCAUCGUAGCCUAUGAAUGCUUACGUGUCCAGCAGUGUCAUAAGGGCGUCAUCUUAGAUUUUGGUGACAAUGCAAAGUUAAAUGUAAAUAUUUUUUCGUUUUUCCCACGUUGGCCAGAGUUGCUCAUGGUUGAUUUUUUUUUUCAUUGUGUCUGACAUCUGAAUGUACAAUUUAUACAAUGCAAAGUUGAUUAAUAGAAUUUGCUGUCGAAAAUCGUAUGAAAUUACCGGGACGUUUAUAGAGCCCUUAAGACAUUUGGCAUCUUGCAAGCGAAAAUAAAAAACGUCUUAAUUUUUUUUUUUCAUUGUGAUCUUCGUUAUGUCUACCCGCUAAACUUUCGAGUGUGUCAGCAAUUUAGCUUUUACCAAACUUUUGAGCUUAUUUCAGGACCAAAGAAAUGAAACCAGCAAUGGAAACUAUCACUGCUAAGAAAGCUACUCCAGUAGCAGCGGCGGCUGCUGGUAAAGUUUACAAGGUUGGAAGCCGCGUCGGGCGUGGCGUGCCCGACAUCGCUGACGCGUAUAUGAAGAGGUGUUCCUGCGAGAGAGAUAAGACCAUCGUGUUUUGCAGAGCAUGUGGCUAUUACUGCAACGGUCGCAUUCGGCUGAAGUGCGAACAGCAUCCAAGAGUAACCUUCUUGUUAGACAUUUCCGAGUGCCCACGAUGCCACUGCUCAGCGUUCCUGGAUGAAUAUAUUAAAGCUUAGAGGCCAGAUUUUGAAGUAUUAAAGCUACUGACACUUACUACUAUGUUAACAUUUGUAAGAUUUUAUUAUUCUCUUAUAAAAUAGGUAUAUAAGGUUGCUGUUGAAUAAGAAACUGGUGAGAUUUAUAAUCUAGAAAUAGGUUUUACCACUUUCUUUGACUAAAUGUUGAAAUAGUUAGAGGUGAUUUUUAAACACUUAAUUUGAUUUCUAAGUGGUUAAAAACAAGUAUACUUCUGUUAAAAUUUGUAUGUUUAAGUUUUUGUUUUGUUUUUAAUUCACACCAGAGGAAAGGCUGCUUUUAAGUUAUAAUAUGUAAUCUGACUAUUAUUACACAGAUUACAUUUUGAGUUGAUAAUGUAUGAAACCAAUAGUUUUUAUAGUAAAAACAGUUUUGAGUUUCAAAAUACAUUCAUAUAUUUGUAAUCUUUGUAGUACAACUAAACAAACCAUUAUUUUUUAAAUAUGAAAAGUUAGGUAAA